AUGGCAUCUGGCCAUGGGAGGCAGGUAUCAGGAGCUGCGGAGCUGCCCAGUCAGUCAGCCUUGGACACCUCUGGCUUUGGGGCCUGGGCAACAGACCCGACGCUGAUCCCUGGGAUGAGUCUUCCACUUGGCACCGGCCUCGAGGCCAGCCCUUCCUUGACACAGGCAGCAUCGGGCCUUGAAAGUGCCCGGGACCUCUCCGGCCGGUCACAGGCUGCGUCCACGACCGCAAGCAGUGCUUGGGAGCACGGUGGCUCAGCCCCUCUCGCGGACAGUGCAGCCUUGACCCAUUUGGAGCAGGGUGGGUCGCCGCGCAGGAGCUUGAAUAGAGGCAGCAGUGCUUCGCCGUCUCGGCUGGCCCGCUCAUCAUCAAUGCUGGAGACAGAACUGGCUGGCCAGGAGCAAUGGAAGGUUGAGACAGACCCGGCAGCUGAUACUGAUGUGCCUGACCUGUCCUUCAUGUUGUCAGAUACUCUUGUGUUACCAAAGUGA